AUGGGCGCUAUUGUUGCAGGAAGUGAAUGGCACAGAGUUGGGAGCGAUGGAGGAAAACUGCACCGACCUGACGGAGAGGAUAUUACGGCUCACCCUGGAGAUCAUCUACCUGCUGACCGGGGAGGAUAACAUAGUUGUGAAGAAGACAUCAGGAGAUGGACAGAACCCCAUUAUGGUUCCUCUACUUUCCUUACUGGUUCCAGAAAGAAACAAUGAAAAGAAGAUUCUAGAAGUCACCCAAAAGAUCAUUGAGCUUCUGACAGGAGAGAGUGAAAAAUGGAACAAUUUUAAUGUUGGUAUGAAAGAAGAAAUAAAAGAAGAAGAAGAGGAGGAGGAUGACGUGCUGAAAGAGUGGGAGUAUAUAGAAGAACACAGGGAUCUCCACAAAGACAUCAUGAUCAUGAUGGAGAAUCAGCCGCCCCUCACAUCACCGGGUAAGAGGAGACUUUAUUGUAAAGGAGAAAGCAGUACGGAGGGUCCACCUAGAUCCCCCAUCAUCUGACUCCAUGAUCUGACCGCCCUUACACGUUACGUCCAAUCAAGCAUUUAUUGAACCUUGUUUAUUACGAGGUCUAUAAGCAGUGCUUUGUAUUCAGUCAGUGUGUUUGUUUCCUACAGAUGUAUCCAGUAAUAGGAACCCACCAGAGAGAUGUCCCCCUCCUCUGUAUUCCCGGGAUUCCACACAGGAAGAUCACACCAUUCUUCACCGUCAUCAGGCAGAAAAAGUGAUGGGUUUAAAAAUUGAGGUUAAAGAGGAAGAAGAGAUCUAUGAGAUAGAUGAUCAGCUGUCUAUAAAUAAAGGUGAAUUGAUGGUGACAAUGACCAAGGAGGAAUCUUCUCUAGAUGUCAGCACAGGAGGACCCAAUAGUGGGAAUACCCCAGAAGGAUGUCUUAUUUUAUCUGCAUAUUCGAACAAAGAUGAUAAUGGCAUAAAACAAUAUUCCCCAGGAGAAAGGAUUGCUACUCAAAAUAUACAUCACAAACCUAAUCAUAUGGUAAGAUCAAAAGAUCAGUUUAUUUCUGAGAAGUCCAAAAAUAAAACACAUACCAUUUUCCCAAAUGGCCAACCAAGUAUUCACAAUGCAGAGCAACCACCAGAUCCUUCUAAGUCCGAGGAAUCUUCUCAAGAUCCUUUCCAGGAUUGUGAAAAAUCGAGCAUAAAAAACAAAGACCUGGUUGGAAAUCAAAGAACUAACGUUAUUGGAAAAUGUUUUCCCUGUUCCGAGUGUGAUAAGUCCUUCAUAAAGAAAUCAAAUCUCAUUCAACACCAGAGAGUCCACACCGGCGAGAAGCCCUUUCCCUGCGCCGAGUGUGGAAAAGGCUUCUCCAGUAAAGGGAGCCGUGAAAACCACAUGAGGAUGCACACCGGUGAGAAGCCGUUUUCCUGUCCGGAAUGCGGCAACUGUUUUGCGCGGAAAGUGACACUGAUUCUCCACCAGAGAACACACACCGCACAAGGCCACUGUCUUGAUCAGCAUGUGGAACGUCAUAAAAAUAAGGCUUCAUUGCCAUGUUCUGAGUGUGGUAAGUCCUUUGAGAAGAAAUCUGUACUCCACAUCCAUCAGAAGGGUCACACCGGUAAGGAGACCUUCGCUUGCCCUGACUGUGAAACAUCAUUCAAAAGAAAACAUGAUCUGGUUGCACACCAAAGAAUUCACACCGGAGAAACAAAUUUUUCAUGUUGCAAGAAGUCCUUCAAAGACAGUUGGAAAAUCGUUCAACACCAGAGAAUCCACACUGGGGAAAAGCCCUUCUCCUGUUCUGAGUGCGGAAAGUCUUUCAUUCAGAAAUCGCAACUAAAAACACACCAGAUUGUCCACACCGGCGAGAAGCCCUUCCCCUGUUCUGAGUGCGGAAAAUGCUUCCCCAGUAAAGGAAACCGUGAUAAACACAUGAGAAUUCACACCGGUGAGAAGCCAUUUUCCUGUUCAGAUUGCGGCAAAUGUUUUGCGCAGAAAGUGACUCUAAUUCUCCACCAGAGAAUACACGCCACAGGAGACCACUGAGAAACUGAUGGUGGAGGUGCAUAGGCUGAGUCUAUAUGUCAGUAGAACAAUCAUCUGAUGAAGGUGAGGCAUGCUGAAAGGAUUAGCCAACCCAAAAGGAAUAUUUUUUUUUUUAUUGCUGUUUUAAUUCCAUUACUUACAAUAAAUUCAUUUUUUGAUUUAUAA